GCUGUGGAUUGUGGGGUGGCUGCACUUGUCCCUGGUAACCCGGGGAGAUGGUGUGAGGGCGGCUGUAGUGCUGGGUAAAGGAAGCAAACAAAGAAACGGCUUUUGCAGACCCAGCUGGAGCGGCCGAUAAAGAUGCAACCGGAGGAUGCUCGCUAUCUAAAGAGAAAAGUCAAAGGGGGGAACAUAGAUGUCCACCCAACGGAGAAGGCUUUGGUUGUUCAUUAUGAAGUUGAAGCCACAAUUUUGGGUGAGAUGGGUGAUACCAUGCUGGGAGAACGUAAGGAGUGUCAGAAAAUCAUCCGUUUGAAAAGUCUGAAUGCUAACACUGACAUUGCAUCUCUGGCACGAAAGGUGGUUGAAGAAUGCAAGCUCAUUCAUCCAAGUAAGCUGGCAGAGGUGGAACAGCUGCUUUAUUAUCUUCAGAACCGCAGAGAAAGUCCUCCAGGAAGAGAAAAGCGAGAGAAGAUCAGCAAACUAAAGGACCCGCCUCCUUUUGAAGGAAUGGAAAUUGAUGAAAUUGCAAAUAUUAAUGAUAUAGAAGAUUACAUAGAACUGCUGUAUGAGGACAUACCUGACAAAGUGCGGGGUUCGGCUCUCAUUCUUCAACUAGCUCGUAAUCCUGACAACUUGGAAGAAUUGCUACAAAAUGAGACUGCGUUGGGAGCUUUGGCUCGAGUGUUACGAGAAGACUGGAAGCAAAGUGUGGAGCUUGCAACCAACAUUAUUUACAUAUUUUUCUGUUUCUCUAGUUUUUCUCAAUUUCAUGGACUAAUUACUCACUAUAAAAUUGGUGCACUCUGUAUGAAUAUAAUCGACCAUGAACUGAAGAGGCAUGAUCUAUGGCAAGAAGAACUUCAUAAGAAGAAGAAGCCUUCACUUGACGAUGAUUCUGAUAACCACGUACUGAAGAAAGACUAUGAGAAAACAUACAAGAAAUAUCAGGGUUUGGUUAUCAAGCAAGAGCAACUAUUGAGAGUUGCCUUCUAUCUUCUUUUAAAUCUGGCUGAAGACACAAGGACUGAACUGAAAAUGAGGAACAAAAAUAUCGUUCACAUGCUUGUAAAAUCACUUGAUCGAGAAAACUUUGAGUUGCUGAUCCUCGUGAUGUCCUUUCUAAAGAAACUCAGUGUAUUUGUGGAAAACAAGAAUGAUAUGGUAGAGCUGAACAUCAUUGAGAAGCUGUCUAAGUUGGUGCCAUGUGAACAUGAGGAUCUCCUGAAUAUUACACUGCGCUUGCUACUGAAUCUGUCCUUCGACACUGGUCUUCGGAAUAAAAUGGUCCAAGUGGGAUUGCUCCCAAAAUUGACUUCACUCAUAGGAAUUGAAAGCCAUAGACAAAUAGUGAUGUGUAUUCUGUACCAUGUCACCAUGGAUGAUCGCUUCAAAUCAAUGUUUGCGUACACAGAUUGUAUUCCACAGUUGAUGAAGAUGUUGUUUGAAUGUGCAGAGGAGCACAUUGAUAUGGAAUUAAUAUCCUUUUGUAUUAACCUAGCUUCUAACAAAAGAAAUGCACAACUGAUCUGUGAAGGAAAUGGCCUGAAAAUGUUAAUGAAACGAGCCUUCAAAUUCAAAGAUUCACUACUGAUGAAAAUGAUCAGGAACAUUUCUCAACAUGAGGGUCAAACCAAAAAUCUAUUCAUUGAUUACGUUGGGGACUUGGCAGCUCAGAUCAAUAGUAAUGAAUCUGAAGAGUUUGUUAUAGAGUGCCUUGGAACACUUGCUAAUCUUACAGUUCCAGAUCUGGACUGGGAGCUUGUUCUGAAGGAGUACAACUUGGUUCCAUUCCUGAAGGAUAAAUUGAAACCAGGUUCAACAGAAGACGACCUGGUUCUGGAAGUGGUAAUAAUGAUUGGUACGGUUUCAAUGGAUGAUUCGUGUGCUGCCAUGCUAGCAAAAUCGGGCAUUAUUCCUGCACUUAUUGAACUUCUAAAUGCCAAACAAGAGGAUGAUGAAUUUGUUUGCCAGAUUGUGUAUGUUUUUUACCAGAUGGUUUUCCACCAAGCUACCAGAGAUGUGAUUAUCAAGGAAACACAGGCUCCAGCAUAUUUGAUUGACCUGAUGCAUGAUAAAAAUGCAGAGAUACGGAAAGUGUGUGACAAUACGUUGGACAUUAUUGCGGAAUAUGAUGAAGAAUGGGCCAAAAAAAUUCAAAGUGAGAAGUUUCGCUGGCACAACUCUCAGUGGCUGGAAAUGGUGGAGAACCGCCAGAUGGAUGAAAGUGAGCCCUGCAUUUAUGGUGAUGAUGGGAUAGAGACUUUUAUCCAUGAAGGAGACAUUCUUGAAAGACCUGACCUCUUCUACAAUGCAGAUGGACUCUUACCCCCUGAUGGAUCUAUUAGUCCAGAUUUCUUGAGUGACUACCAAUUUCAAAAUGGUGACUUGAUUGGACAGCAUCCAUUUAGCAGUAUGGCAAUUGAAGGAUUCGGCCAGGCAGUUAACUUUCCUGGGCGCCCAGUCACUGCCUAUGGUUAUCGUCCAGACGAUCCUUACCUCUAUUCAUUCGGAAGCAGAUAAGCCCAACAAGAAAUAUUUAUUGAUUCUGAAAUCUUUUGUAUAUAAUUGAACCUGUAAUGUUUUGUGAAUUGUUGUCAGUGUUGCAUGUUGUCAUAGCUAAUUGCUGAUCUAUACAGUUUUAGGGUUUCUAUGUAUUUAUGUAAUGACCAAUGCCCUGAUGUAAUGGAAAAUAUUAGUUGUAUGUUCUAUUACAUAAUAUAGCUUCUGUCUAUUCUUUUGGACAGUUGAAUAAUUUUGGAGUAGAGGGUGUGAUUUACAAAGAGUAGUCUCAAAUAAGUGGAUACUAAAGCUAAUACGUUGGCUGCUUAAGUUAUAGGGUCUUGUUCAUCUGAUAAAAUGCUUUUUAUCCUAAUAUAUUUUACAUUAAUUUUUAUCUUUAAAACUAAUUACUAUACUGAAUACAGUAGUCCAAGCCAUUUAUGUUGUUACUCAAAUGGUUAUGUAAUUGCACAGCCUCAUAGUUAGCUUGAAACAACAUGAAUUAUAUUUGUCGCUGGUUGAUGCAUUUCUUUUGUUUCAUAAACUUGAAGCUUGUUUCUAUUUAUAUAGACAUUAUUGUGACCUAUGAACAAAUGUGAAUUUUA